AUGGAAAUAUCAGAAGAGGAUAAGAAAAAAAUUGAAGAGUUACGUGAACUUGUUAAGGUGAGUGUUACUUUUUUAAUCAUGAAAAUAAUAUUUUUUUCUGUUUCUACUGUCAAAAAAACCGGUCAGCUUAUGCAAAUAUCUAGUUUUUGUUCAUGAUUUAUUCAUAGUUAUGGUCUAACAAACUUUCAUGAAAGAAUUUUAAAAAACAAAAAUAAAUAUGUGUGAAAAAUUGGAAAUAGAAAAAUAAGAAAAAUAAUUGCAUGACCAAAUUAUUUACUUAUAGAAACUACUUUCUGGUUUUUUGAGUACUUGUUAUUUUAAUUAAAAACUUACAUCAAGUUUUCAGGACGAUUUGACUGACUAUUAUGACACAGACUUCAAUAUUCUUCGAUGGUUACAAGGACAUAAUAAUCUAUCAAUUUCUGAAAUUGCAAGAAAACUUCGACAUCAUUUGAAACUCAGAAAAGCUUGGAACCUCGACGAAUUUCACUUGAAAGAGAGGAAUCAUCCGAUUCAUAAUCAUUGGAAAUAUGGAAUUACAGGAGAAUCUGGAAUUAUUGAGAAUGUUAUUGUAAAUAUUGAGCAGGUCUGAUUUUUGCCUCUUGAAACAUUCAUAAAACAAAAACAACAAGAGUUUUUCAGUGCGGGAAAACAGAUUAUAAUGGUAUGAUGGAGUCAUUCUCAAUAAUGGAAAUAAUGCGGGCAAGAACUUUGGAUUUGGAGCAAAUGUUGGCUCAAGUUAUGUCUAUUGAAAGAAAAACUGGGAAACAAGCAUAUAUUUUGUAUGUUAUGGAUAUCACUGGUUUAGAAUAUAAUAAACACUUGUAUAAUUUGGUGACUGGUUCAAUGAAAUCAUUGGCUGAUUUUAUGGCGGAACAUUAUGUUGAAAUGAUAAAAGUAAGAAUAGUUGUUACAAUUCAAGAAGCAAAGUUUUUAUUCGGUUUUUUUCAGUUUUUUGUGCCAACUUGUGUUCCAAAUUUUGCAAAUGCUCUUUUCGUUGUUGUAAAACCUUUGUUACCUGAGAAAACUAGAGAUAAGGUAAGUUUUAUUUAAAAGUUUUAAAAAAAAUCUGGAAUAUGAAGACGCACUAAUUGAAAAUUCUUUGUUCUUGAAAGAUGUUGAAGAUUUUAAAAUUUAUUUUAUAAUUUUCAAAACCUAUAAUUUUUCUAGGUUCGACUAAUUCCUGAACAUAAUUGGAGAAAAGACAUUUUGGAAUUUGCCAAACCAAUUGUUCUUCCAUCAAUUUGGAAUGACGAAAACCACAAUUUCUCAGCAAAUAUAGAUCUUCCGAUAAAAUACCCGACCGAUAUGUAUUACUCCAACCAAACCCACGAGGUAUUUCAAAACCCUUUGUUCUUAACAAAGAUGUGAUUUUUCAGAAACUCUCUAAUCUCGAGACCAUAUAUAUUUCUGCUGGAAAAAUCCACACAGUUUGUAAUUAUCUGAAAAAGGGAAGUCGAUUAAAAUGGUGGUGUCGCGGAAAUCGUAAUUUCGGCUUUGGAGUAUUUUGGAGCGAAAAGGAGAAAAUCGCCGAUUAUUUCAUGUCAGUUUCUUUGACAUGCCUCCAAUUUUCAUCCUGUUUUCAUUUUGUUUUUGGUUUUUCAGAGCAAAUCAAGUUUCUCCUUGUUUUCCGUGGAUGCCUGAUCCAUCAUUAGUUCCAAUGGAAGAUUCGAUAAUUGUCGACAGAGUGAGCAUCUCAAUUGAAAAUGAAAUAGUAGUUUUUUUCCAGGAUGCUUAUUAUCACGUCUGGGUGAGUAAUGAACGAUCAUGGUGGUUCACAUUGGAAGCUCAACUUGCUGUUAAAUUUGGAGAAUUGUAA